UGCAUGGUGGAGCUGCUUUGUGUCCUUUUCCUAUGAGGUGAACAAAUAACAAACAUGUCCAGUAAUAAGAGAGUAGCACUUGUUUUUGGAGGCUUCGUUACAGCCGUCGCAGUCGCGUUUUAUCCUAUAUUUUUCCAUCCACUCUCUCACGCAGAAGACUACAAGCAGGUCCAGAAGAUGAAUCGAACAGGAAUCAAUCAAGCAGAUGUGCAGCCUGUUGGUGUGAAGAUCUGGUCUGAUCCCUUCAAGCCAAAAUCAUGAUCCCAGUAAUACAUGUAGAGAUGGAAACUGGAUGAAUGAAAAUGUGAGGAUUCACAUGUCAUUCACUGCGGGGGAAAUGUUUUGCAAGAGAUAUGCAAACAAUAACUCCCUAUUAAAAUAACUACCAUACACCUGUGUGCAUUGAAUAAAAGUAUAUUAAUGAUCAAAGCGAGAAAAGUUCAUCAACAAAAUAAAAAAUCUUUGUUUAUUUAAUCAAUCAGCACUUAACAUUUCUGUGUUUAUUAAAUGUUAUGUAUUUAUCGAUAAUAAAAAUGCAUUUUGAACUCUU